GACUCCAAUCACCGCCGCUGUUCUGGCUGAAUUUCCCUGACUGACGUCAGCUGACUCUCCGCUCCUCCGGACACAGCGCCGCGUAAAAAUGCUGCUCUCGGUGCCGCCAAGGACAGGAAUCAGCCCAUACGGCGGUUACUCCGGCAAAAGCCACAAGAAGCAGACAUAUGUGGCUCCCUCCAACCAUCAGAUGGCUCCUCCAAGUCCCAACAGCAAUAGCAACGGCAACAGCAACACAACUACCUUCAGCAAUGGCAGUGGCAACAGCAACAGUGGAGCAGAGCAGCUCAGCAAAACCAACCUUUACAUCCGUGGCCUGCUUCCACAGACCACAGACCAAGAUCUGGUCAAGCUCUGUCAGCCGUAUGGGAAAAUUGUGUCCACCAAAGCCAUCCUGGACAAGACUACCAACAAAUGCAAAGGCUAUGGCUUUGUGGACUUUGACAGUCCAGUCUCAGCACAGAAAGCAGUGACAGCGCUGAAGGCAGUUGGAGUACAGGCCCAAAUGGCCAAGCAACAGGAGCAGGACCCCACCAACUUGUACAUCUCUAACCUGCCGCUCUCCAUGGAUGAGUCAGAGCUGGAGAACAUGCUGAAGCCCUUCAGUCAGGCCAUUUCCACUCGUAUCCUCCGUGACUCCAACGGGACCAGCCGAGGGGUGGGCUUUGCCAGGAUGGAGUCAACUGAGAAAUGUGAGGCUAUCAUCCAACAUUUUAAUGGAAAAUAUAUCAAAACUCCUCAUGGAGUUCCAGUGCCGACAGAACCUUUGUUGUGUAAAUUUGCUGACGGGGGCCAGAAGAAGCGUCAGAGUCAAGGCAAAUACCUUCAGAACGGUCGUUCCUGGACAAGAGAUUCUGAGUCUGGAGGAAUGACUCUCACCUAUGAUCCCACCACAGCCCUACAGAACGGUUUCUAUUCCUCUCCCUACAGCCUUGCACCUAAUCGGAUGAUCGGACCGGCCUCCCUCUCCCCAUACAUGCCUUCCCCCGUGUCCACCUUUCAGGUACACAAUCCGUCCUGGCUACAUCAUCAGUCAUACAUCAUGCCUCCCACAGGAGCAGUCCUCGCGUCAGGAAUGGAGCACUCCAUGUCCAUCCAGCCAACCUCCAUGAUAGGACCUCUGACACAGCAGCUCAGUCACCUUUCAAUGGGCAGCAGUAACACAUAUAUGCCUGCGAAUGCGUCUAUGCAGGGUCCUUACCUACCCCCAUACACUCAAGUGCCUGCCACCAACAUCUCAGUGGAGGAAAGUGCCGUCCAGCAGCCUGUUCCUAUUGGUACUCCAACAGAACACACAGCGUACUCCUACCAGCAUAACAAAUAAAGAGAUCUUAUUUUUUCUGGAGCCUGGAGUGACUGUCCAAGGGUCCAAAGUGUUGAAGCCAGGCUUGGAGAUCAGGCAGACAUGGACUGUUCCAUAUAAAGGACAAAAGAAAAGAGACAUUUUCCAUGAACUUAUAUUUCAAACCAAACUGGACAAUAGUGGGAAAAGAGGACGACCUGAACAAGGAGCGUCUAUUUUGAUAAGAAGUCCAACACACUACUCACUUUAAAGGUUUUACAUCCCGCACACGGGUUUCUGAUGUUACGCUAGUGAUGUAGAAGGAAGCCAGGAAAAAUAAUAUCAUGUUUUGUUUUGACAUUUUGUAAAGUAUGCUGAAAUCCCUUCCUCUUUUUGUCUGAUGUUCUCAGAUGUCUAACUGCCUUUUUGUACAUUGUUUUUCCAGUUUUUUAGUUUUUUUUUUUUUUUUUUUUUGUUCUGAUCCGUGCAAAUAUUUGAUUGAAGUACUUUUAAGCUGACAGCUCUUUUAUUCUCUUGGACAGGUGGCUAGUUUAUCAGUCAAAAAGCCUUAUUUAAGCUGGUGUGUCUCAAAUAAUUUAUAGUCUCAACAAAGCUUCAGACAAUCACACAGUAAGAAGAUUUCAAGACAGGGAAAACUUUGAUGACAGAUUUGUCUCUGGUAAAAGAAUGGCAUAGAUUUAAAGCAUUCCAGAUACAGAGGCAUGCAAAAAAAAAAAAGAAGAAAAAUUUUAAUUUCUUGUUGCAUGUGUGUAGCUCCGCAGCCAAAGGACAUGACCCACAAAACACAUAAACUUAAAAACAUCAUGCUUAAUUUAUCUUCAUGUAAUGAUUCCUAAGACAUGCAGAAAUGUACUUUUUGUCUGUGUUCCUGCCUUUGAAUUUUGGUUCUUUGUUUGCAAGCAGUGAUUAAGAUUUUAAAGACUUCACUUUUGCAUGACAAUAUAUUUUAUUCACUCCGAGUUGUUCCACACAGUACAAUCCGAAGCUGGUAAACAGGGAUCAAGGCACACAUAGCUGCCUGUAAAUAAGAGACACAUGCAUUCAGAUUUCCUUUGGAUUUCCUUUAUUACCAAUGAAGAAUCGCCUUAGUUGUUUUGCUCACGUCAGUCCAACUGCUCCGGAGUUUUCCUCCCGUCCAUUUCAGAAAAGAUGAAGCCGAAUUUCUCCAGAACCUCAUGAAAUGGAUUUUAAGAAACAGGACUGAGAUGCUUGCAAUUAGAGUAAGGAGACUGUGGCUCUGACCUGUUUUAUCUAAAAAAACAAAAACAGAACACUAUUAAGGUGAUUAUUUUUGGGCUGGUAUAGAGAAGCUUUAAAUCUGUACUGGCCGUUGCUGUAAGUUUUUCCUAUUUUGGUUUUAACCUUUGUUGUUUGAAACAUUUUGUUAUUUAAAGGUCUUCUUUUUUAUAUGUACUUUUAAAAAAUGCUCCUAUCUUUCAGAGGCUUUGAUUUUAUUUUUGAUAGGGUGUUGUGUUGAAAAGUAGAUUGAAGAGAUUUCCUUUUUUUUUCUUUUUCUUCAGAUAGUGAUUAUUUGUAUGUUGUCCGAGUUUCUCUAUUGGUGUAAAAAGGCUUUAAUGCGCCCAGAGACACUUUUCAUUCCGUCUUGUGUCACACAUGUUGGCACCUUACAUGCCUGACUCCAGAUCAUUCGUAAUGCCAGAUUCAGAUUGUUACACAGUUGAAACCGAUGCAGUUGGGAUCAGUGAAAAAAGAAAAAAAAUCCUCAAAACCUCAACUUACCUUAUUCUGCUCAAGCAACGUAGUCUUAGUUCUGUGUGUAAGGUUGAAAGGCAGUCACCACUGACAGACUGCUCACAGCUGGUACUGUGUCUUCACCCUUUAACCCAUCUGUCCAUUCUUCUGAAACUAUGCCUGAUGUCUGGUGAACUAUGCAACUAAUUUAUUAUCUGAGUAAAUGCAAUACUAAAAACACCCAAAAGACACCUCAGAUUGCUUCACUUUUACGGCUUUUACCUUUCUUCAUAAAGAUGUUUUCCUUUUUUAAACGCAUUUUUGGGCUCAUGCUCUUUAAAGUACCUUCAGUUGGUAGAGAAAGUGCCUGAUUGACCGGCGUUUUCUCUAUAAAGAGUGAAGUAAUAGUUUCCCUGCCACUCUCCUUCCUGUUGCUGUGCACUGCCGGUCAGCUGGCUAAAAGAAGGCUACUAUGUUUUUCCCAUACUGACGAAAAAUACCAAUUCAGACCAAAAAAACUAAAGAAUCCCGCCCCCAGUCACUCCUAAUCAAUGCUUAUUUAAAGCUUUGAGCAGGAUGGCUAAGCAGAAGCAGCUAUAUUAUGUUAUACAUUUUUUUUAAAUUGCUUCAGCAAUGUAAUUUUACCAUUGAAUAUUAGUACUUUCAGUUGAGGCUUUCAUACCAUCAGAAUCUCAUAUCUGAUCCUGUCUGCAAAUCUGGUCCGGUCAUUGUUGGCUGAGUUGCAACACUAAAAAGGAACAAUGUCAAAUUAAGGGUUUUAAAAGAACUGCAGGAAAUUUAUGCGGUCUGGCAAAACAUGACAGGUGUAAUUUUGUAUGCACAAAGACAUGACGUGAUUUGUGAAUUCAAUCCAUGCAGUUUCAUGGUUUUUCAUUGAGAUAUGUGUUACAGUUUGCUGUAAAAAGAUUUUGAAAGUUUUCUUUGAAACAGGAAACCAAUGUUCACUUAAAAAGACAGAAGGACUCAUUCAGAAAUGCCUUAGAUUUCGCUAGCAGGGGUUGGGAAACGCUACUCUGUCGUACCAGGUUUCUUUCUCUGGGCUUGUUUUCAUGCACUGCACAUGUUAGAAUUGUCAUUUCAGACCUAAACAUGGAAGUAAAAAUGUUGGCUUGAGUAUAAGUUCAUGCUGCUACUAAUUUGGGAUUUCUGUCUCCUACCUAAAGGUCACUCAAUACAUAUGAGGUCAACUUGUAAACUUUUUUCAACGUCCACGAAUGCUUGUUUGCUGCAUCACUUUCUCCUCAGUAAUGCUUGUGCCAUGAUGCAGGAUUUUUGUUCUGCUGACAAGAAGGGGAAAGCAUCCCUAGUGUGAAGUUGCUUCUUGGUUUUGAGAUUUUCAAUAAAUUGUUUUUCACUGUA